AACACUCGUCCAGAAACAGCAAACAUUCAUCUGAGAGUCUGUAAUGCAAAAGGUUGAAGGAUACACAGCUCUGUUCAAUUCUGGAGAAUCAGUAACAGCAAGUUGACAAGAUACCACCCAUCACAACGGAAGUAACUUACUUAACUGGCGGGAGACUACCUCUGAGGCUCCCAAUGAAUGAUGAAGAGGAGGACAUGUCUCUUCAGCGUCCUGUCUCCCAGUGCUGGGGCACUCCCUUCAGGGAAAUCAAGUUUCAUGACAGGGAGAGCAGGGACAGAGAAGACACCCAGGACAGGUCUACGCAGACGUCGACUGGACCCAACGCCGUUGUCACGCGGUCAGAGGGACACGACAUCAUGGUACCACGAGGCCACAACAACAACUUUCCCUGCGGGGUGCAGGACCAGGGCAGAAUGCUUUUCCAUGGCAACGCUGGAUUCCGCUUGCACUUCCCAGCUCGGUUCGAGCCCAUGGACGAUCGGGGAGAGAGGCGGAACGAGGAGGGAAGGAGGGAGGACGAGGAGAGGAGGAGAAUGGAGGAGAGACCAGAGGAAGAGCGGGUGGAGGAUAGCGCGGAGGCGAGGAUCGGCCGUAAGCUCCGGGAGAUCGGAGACCAGUUCCACCAGGAACAUGUUCAACUGUUCCUGCGGCAUCAGAGGGAUGUCCUACCAGUCUGGAUUCGUCUGACCAUGGCCCUCUACGGCUUCCUGUUUAACAGAGAGGCCCCUGCUGUACCCCGCCUGAGAGGACAGGAAAGAUGAGGGGUACCUUCCACCCACUUCGGGUGUCUCCUCUCGCCUCCCCCCGUCCCUGAAAACGAGGGACCAGACUCUGUAUGAUGGAACACGGGUUUGGAUUCCUUUUUGGGGUUUUUAAAAAUCAAAGAUGACGAAGAAGAGAACGAUAGUCACUGCUGGACAGAGAUUAGAAUCACGUUCAUUUUCUCUAUCUCUCUCUUCUCCUCUUUCUUCAUGAUGAUGAAGAAGAAGCCAUGCUGUUUGAAGAUAUAAAUAUUUUCUAAAAUAUAUAUAUAUAUAACUAUUUAGUACAGUAGAUAGCAUCUUUUUGGUUUGAAAAUACGCCAAAAGGAAAUGGACAAGAAGCACGGGAUGAAAUUUAAAGAGAAAUCCCUUAAAGAAAACACAGUUGUGGACAUGGAAGGACGUGAAGUUCUUGUGGAAAUUCAUGGAAGGUCUUAUGAAGUUCUACUCACCAACCCACCACGAUCUUACCAACAGGCACAUUUUUCCAAUGUAUUUUUUUGAAGAAUACAAACUCCCUGUAACUAAAUAUUUUUCACUGUUCCACACUGAUAUAUAUAUAUAUAUAUAUGACAAAUGGUUUUGUCGUAAAGAUUCUGUGGUGGUUUCGCCGAGACAAGCAGGGUCUUAAGACAUGUCUUGUUGAGCUCCGGUGUAGAUUGAGAGAGAUAGUGUCUUUAUCCUGUGUCUUUUGGUAAUACCAGCCAACAGCAGUUGGGUUUUAACAUUCAGUCUGAAUGAGAUGAAUGCCAGGUCCAUUUUUUUUUUUUUUUUUGAUUGACAGUAUGAAUGUAUGUGUACUUUAAAGAUUCAAAGACUUAGGUCUGCAAUGUAUUCAUUCAAUCAAGCAACCUGACUGAGUUUAAGUUUUUAGUGUGAGUAAGGCAUUUUGUCGUCCGUGAAACCCCCCAAACCCCCCCCCCCCAAAAAAAAUCGCAAGCGUAAAAUUUGUUUUGUCGGAGUUGAGGACUUUACUCCUGUGGAAAAGCUUUAUUUUUAUUUUUUAUUUUUUUUGAUGAACCUAUCGUUAUGAAGAUGUAUUUAUCUGGCUGGAUUGACAAUCACAACCAACAGACCUGGUGAUUUGACACAGUUCUAUCUGUUGUAGCGUUACGAGUCUGCUGUGAAAAGGGCAAAAUAAAAGUUGUUGUACAAUCAAGGAUUUGGAGCAAUACUGUAUUGACGAAUCAGUGGAAGGCACUAAAACCUUAGGGAUCUAUUGCAGUUACAAUCGAAUUGUCAUUCAUGGAGGAACAGCUCUUUUUUUCUUUUAAACAAGGCAAUCAAUCAAUCAAUCAAUCAAUGGUUCAAUGAAAUUCAUCUUCACACUUGACAACGUCACUCAGUUCAAUGAAAUAGAUUUCACCUUUUACUCUCUCUCUUAGCACAAUCUUAGCGUGAAUCACUUUGGCAUCAACUCCCAAACACAGAUGCAAUUGCCAUGUAUACAAGCAUGAGUAAAUCCACAAUAGAUUGUUGUUUUUUUUACUGAGGGCUCAGCAGUAACAGUUCUAGUCUUUUACCUAUGCUGUCCAUAUGCACCUAUGGCCUGGAAUCUGUGUUUGUAAUGGUGACCGCAUUUUAGAUCGACCACUGCUUUUUAAACUUUAGUUUUAUUUCAGAGUUCUUACUACAAGUUCUUAUUUGAGUACGUUUUAAAAGUGGUUUUAACAUUUUGAAAGUGGUUUUAAAGAUGAUGAUGAUAUUAACAGAAGACAGGAUUUUUUUUUUUAAACUAAUGUAAAAAAAAAAAAAUGUUUUAAAUUUGUUUAAUUGUGAUUUGAAUAUAUUUGAUGAAGACACUGAUGGGGUUUCCUUUUUUAGUUUUAGUUUUUUUUAUAUAUAUAUUCUUCAGGGAGUAGUUGUUCAGUCACAUGCCCGCCAUACUGAGUGUUUUUAUUCUACUUUAGCAAGAUGAAAAUAUGCAAAUUCCCAUUAAGAACAACAAGCUUUGCAUGUGUUGCUCUACCCAAAAUAGAACCACAUGACGACAUCUGAUCGACAGGCUUUUUUUCCAAAAUGGCACCCUAUUCCCUAAUAUAGUGCACUACUUUUGACCAGCUUUGAUCAGAAGUAGUGCACUAUAUUAGGGAAUAGGAUGCCAUUUGGGUUUCAUCCAUGUUCUCUGAUGGUUAUCAGUGACAUCAUUGACCACAGACACUGUUCUGUUUUGCGACAGAACGUUGCCUGCAAACCACUGAAUGCUGAGCCAGUUGAAGUAUCUCUCUCUCUCGUUCUCUCUCUCUCUCAUUCAACUCCUCACUCAAUCACCAGCUACUCCCUGGACUUUCUAGAAUUGAUUUAUUUGUCUUUUUUUUUACUUUUUUAAAUUUUUUAAUUUGAUUUUUAGAAGUAAUUUAUUCUAAUUUAUUUUUUUCACUCAGUGCUACUGUAUAGCUAUCGGGAUGUACACAGUUUCUUCUCCUAGUUGAUGGAACAAUCAGUCAGUAACACUACUGUGUGUUAGUGUCCUGAAUGGAACCCUAUUCCCUAUGUAGUGUGCUACUUUUGACCAGAAAAUAGUGUACCAUUAGGGACUCACCCUGUGUGUUAGCUGGGCCCGUGGGUUGGGAGGACAGACGGACUAAUGUGUCUUACACUAAGCUGUGUUAAUGGGUCUUUUGGGAAUCACACCAACCAAACCUGUAGACAAUCAAAUGUACUAAAUGUGCCUUGUGAGUAUGAGACCAGCCACAUCAACCAUCACCCAUCACAACCAUCUGGUCAUGGUUAUCUAUAGAAUGGGGGUCAAGGCUCUCCUAGUUCAGUCUGGUCAUGGUUAUCUAUAGAAUGGGGGUCACAGCUCUCCUAGUUGAGUCUGGUCAUGGUUAUCUAUAGAAUGGGGGUCACAGCUCUCCUAGUUGAGUCUGGUCAUGGUUAUCUAUAGAAUGGGGGUCACAGCUCUCCUAGUUCAGUCUGGUCAUGGUUAUCUAUAGAAUGGGGGUCACAGCUCUCCUAGUUCAGUCUGGUCAUGGCUAUCUAUAGAAUGGGGGUCACAACCAUGACCAGACUGAACAAGGUGAGCUGUGACCCCCAUUCUAUAGAUAGCUCUCCUUGUUCAGUCUGGUCAUCAGUCUAAAGGCUCAGAUGUGACACAUCUAUAGCACAAUAGCUGCCUGGUUGACCAUAAGUGUGUCCCAAAACUUCACUAUGUAGUAAAGGGAUGUGUCCCAAACGGCACCCUAUUCUCUAUUUAGUGCACUACAUUUGACCAGGGCCCAUAGGGAAUAUGGUGCCAAUUUGACCAGGGACUAUAGGGAAUAGGGUGCCAUUUGACUAGGGCCCAUAGGGAAUAGGGUGCCAUUUGACUAGGGCCCAUAGGGAAUAGGGUGCCAUUUGACCAGGGCCCAUAGGGAAUAGGGUGCCAUUUGACAGGGCCCAUAGGGAAUAGGGUGCCAUUUCACGAGGGCCCAUAGGGAAUAGGGUGCCAUUUUGGACACAACCAUAUCGACCCUCUAGGGCACAUGCCUAAUCUAUGACCUUUAACCCUGACCCCUCUCAACCCUGACCCCUCUCAACACACACACACUCCCAGGCUCAUCGCCCCAAAACUCAAAUAUCCAAAUGACUGUUGACAAUCAACGUGCACUGGAAAGUAAUUUAUAUGCACACACUCUUCCUGUACUGAACCUCUCUAGAUCCGUAUGUCUUUAAUAUCUGUUGUAUGCUGGCUCGGCCUAGCUCAACAAGACUAGGUUUCCUGUGUCCCAAAUGGCACCUACUCAACAUUUAUAGUGCACUACUAUUGACCGGGUCCCAUAGUGGUUCCCAGAGGGGUCCCAAAUGGCUCCCAUAGGGCUCUGAUCAAAAGUAGUGUACUAUAUUGAAAAUAGGGUGCCGUUUGUUACACAAACUAGUAGCGAUGUAGGAUGAGGGUACAAGGAGGAGUGAGCCACCAUGGCGUCCAGUAUUAUUUGUAGGUAGGAGGUGGUCAUCCUAUGGGUUGGUGUUGACGUCAAAUCCAUAAGAAGCAACCAUUGUCUCAACCCUUUGAGGUUAAAUAUAUAUGUUCAACCUUCAGUAUCUUGAAUAUUAAGUCAAAAGAAAAAAAUCAUUCGGUUUUUUGAAUUUCCCAAGAAAGAGUGAAUCUUAACUGUUAAGUGCUGUGAUUAUUUGUGUUUUAUAUCAACAAACAAAACAAUUCGCUGCAGCUAAUUCUUAACUUGCUAACUUUCUAAGCGAAAAAAAAACACUUUUUGUAUACUUUUGUAAAAAACAUAACAAAUGUAACAAUGAAGUCCGAAAACAUUUUUUUUUUUUAAGAUCGUUUUUUAAGUGUUGUGACAUGCUUUUUGGUUUUUACCAAUUUAAGUCCGCUGUGUCGUUCUCAGUUCAAGGGCUGUUUUUGAUAUUUGAUAAUUCUGUAUAUGGAGUAAAAAUGCAUGUCCCAGCAUUCCUGAAAUCUGUGUUUUGAAUGUAAAUGAAUUGAGAGGAAAAAACACAAUCUCUUUUUUUAAAUACUAUAUGAACUGAAACAUUGUGAACUUCCAUCUAACUCCUGCACUGUUGAACUAGGACUCUCUUUAGCAUUGCCUUCAUAUCACAUCAUUCUAGAACACAUCAUUAGAGCUCUCAGAACCAUCUUCAAAUAUCACAUCAUUCUCGAACACAUCAUUAGAGCUCUCAGAACUGUCUCAAGGAUUCCACAUCGGUCGGGGCGGUGUGUUUUAUUAAGGAAGGCCCAGUCUAAAUGUAGCAUAACUGUCUGUCCAAAAUGGCACCCUAUACCCUAUGUAGUACACUACUUUUGACCAGAGCUCUAUGGGCCCUGGUCAAAAGUAGUACAUAACAUAGGGAACCAUUUGGGAUGCAGGCGGUGUUAUGAGACGCUUCUGAGAGCCCUGCAUGGUUUUCAAACAGCGUGAAACAAAGGGAAAGAGAGGUGGAACGAGGGAGAUAUUUGUUUGUCUAGUGCAAUAUGCUGUACAUAAAGAGCUUGGCUCUACAAAAUCCACAAAUCUUACAUUUUUCUCUAAUGAAAUGUAAUUUUCUUGUUCAAUGGGUACAUUGCUGUCUUUUUCAUUAAACUUCUGAAAGUUUCAAAA